UAACUUCGCUGUAGUUUUUCCCGCAGUUUGGCGUCCACCGAUUGUUAAAAAAAUUUCAAUACGACUUUACUGUGUAUUUAGAUUAAACAGACUUUAUUAUAUUUGUAUGUUUAGUUUUCUAAUGAUGUUAUUGUAAAGUUAACAUGUUUUUACCGUGAUUCCCUGGUUUGGGCUUAACUUCUGUGGUGAUUUUUGUAAACAUCGGAGUAUCAGGGCCCACGUCUAUGCCUUCUUAUUGGCAGCAUGGCGGAAAUAGUGUACCCGCAAGGCUGCCGUCCUAUUACCGAUGACCUAGGACCAGACGAGCUUGUGAGAAGGCUUAAGGCUCUAGCGCAUACCCUUCAAGGUCUCGGCCAAGAUGAGGGCAUGUACCAGCAGUACAUACCUCUGGCCCUGCACCUCGCGGACGAGUUCUUCCUCACUCAUCCGUCCCGUGACGUCCAACUCCUUAUAGCCUGCUGUAUAGCUGAUGUUCUCAGGGUAUAUGCGCCGGAGGCUCCAUACAAAGACCAGGAACAGGUGAAAACCAUAUUCCUGUUCCUAAUAAACCAGCUGCAGGGUCUCCGUGACCCCAAGGACCCGGCUUUCAAACGUUACUUCUACCUGCUGGAGAAUCUGGCUUACGUGAAAUCAUUCAACAUGUGCUUUGAACUUGAAGACUGCCAGGAAAUAUUCUGCGCUUUGUUCUCACUUAUGUUUAAAAUUGUCAAUACGGAACACUCUUCGAAAGUGAAAUCCUUCAUGCUUGACGUCCUCUGCCCUCUAAUCACCGAGUCCGACGUGGUCUCCAACGAACUGCUCAACGUGAUACUAUUGAAUCUGGUGGAGCCAAACAAAAGGGAACACAAGCACGCUUACACGCUAGCCAAGGAACUCAUUAUUAAGACAAGCGAGACCUUGGAGCCGUAUAUACAAGCAUUCUUUAACCACGUCCUGAUUUUGGGCAAAGAAGAGAAAAAUCUUCUCAUAUUUUCCAAAGUGUACGAAUUAAUAUACGAGUUAAAUCAGUGUUGCCCGUCUGUUUUGCUCUCAGUGUUGCCACAGUUGGAAUGUAAAUUAAAAUCAGCACAAUUUCACGAGCGUUUAUCGGCCGUGGCUCUGCUCGCUAGAAUGUUUUCCGAGCCGGGUUCGGAGCUCGCCAAGCAAUAUCCGGCUUUAUGGCGAGCAUUUUUAGGUAGAUUCAACGAUAUAUCAGAUCAGAUAAGGAUAAAAUGCGUCCAGUACUGCAUGCAUUUCCUGGUGCACCAUCCGGACCUGAGGAAAGACAUAACGGACACAUUGAAGAUGAGACAGCACGAUGCACAGGAGCAGGUCCGCUAUGAGGUCGUCAUGGCUAUCAUAGCGACAGCUCAGAGAGAUUUCAAAGCGGUCGCAGCAUCCGAAGAUCUGCUGCAUUUCGUCCGCGAGAGGACCUUAGAUAAGAAGUUCAAGAUCCGCAAAGAAGCUAUGUCCGGCCUGGCCAUGAUAUACAAGAAGUUUUUAACAGAGGAAUCUGUGCCGCCCGCCACCGAGAAGGCUGUGCAGUGGAUUAAGGAUAAAAUAUUACACGGCUACUACAUGACAGCUCUAGAAGACAGGUUGCUAGUUGAGAGAUUACUGAACACCUCACUCGUCCCAUACACCCUGCCGCCGACGGUCAGAAUGAAGAAAUUAUACUAUCUGAUGUCGAACGUGGACGACAACGCCACCAAGGCGUUCAUAGAGCUACAGAAACAUCAGCUCGCUGUGAGGCGCACGGUGGCCGAGUGGGUGGACUUACACAGGAAGCCGCCCACACCGGCGGUACAGAAGGAAAUGAUCUCUAAAGUGUUACACAUAAGCUCCAAAUUCCUGCCAGAGUCCGUCAAGGCUCAGGAGUUCUUGAAUAAAUUCUCGAAUCAUAUGAAAAAAGCGCCGGAGUUACUGCAAGGGAUGGAGACGAUAUUAAAUCCUAAUGUCAGUUGCGAAGUUUGUGUUCGCACCACUUCGAGUGUCCUAAAGAAGUUGGGUCAGCCGGUGAUGACCAACCUUUACUAUAACACGGUCAAAAUGUUGCUGGAACGAGUUAGCUCAGUGAUGGUGGACCACGAGUCCCUGCUCAUACUGGUUGGCUACGUAGAGGGCGCCGUGAGGGGCAACGACCCCUCCAUAGCGGAGGAGUGCGGUAUCGAUUUAAAGAAAGCGGCCGAGCGCGGUCUGAAGCUGCUGGUGAUGUUGUCGUUCAUGUUCCCCGCUCACUUCCUGCACGAGGACGUGCUGCAUCGGCUGACGGGGCUGCUCGAGCUGGACGAGGAGAACGUGGCGCCGCAUGUGCUCGCCGCGCUCACCUUCCUCGGCAAAUAUAGACCCUUGAGUGAGGCGUGUCCAGCGUUGUUCCCGAAACUUAUAACACUAUGCAAAGCCUAUGCGGAGGUCGGUACGCCGAAACAAGCCAAAAAUGCAGUGAGAUGCCUUUUCGUCAACGUCCCCGAUCAGAGAUCCCAAAUUUUCACGGAUAUACUGGAAACAUUGAAAACUACUUUAAGUCCCCAUUCGGAACAUUACCGCACGGCUAUCGUUACACUCGGACACAUAGCGCACAACUUACCUGAUAACUUCCCUGUGCUUAUUAAAAAUAUUGUAUCUAGGAAGAUAGUAAAAGAGCUGUUAGUGCGGGAAGGUGGCGGUGGACCCAACGCUCCUGAAGGGGACUGGUGUCCGGAAGAAGAUCUGCCAGAGGAAACUCGCUGCAAGCUGGAGGGCCUGAAGUGUAUGGCGCGCUGGCUGCUGGGUCUGAAGAGGGACGAGCUGUCGGCGCAGAAGACGUUCAGGAUGCUGAACGCCUUCAUAGUACAUAAGGGAGAUUUGUUACAGCAGAAGCAGUUGUCCGGAGCUGAGAUGGCUCACCUAAGGCUGGCGGCCGGUGCUGCCAUGUUAAAGAUAUGCGAACAGAAGGGGGUCGGAGACCAGUUUACUGCGGACCAGUUCUAUAACCUGUCACAUCUCAUGGUGGAUAGCGUACCACAAGUCAGGGAAGCAUUUGCAGCUAAACUUCAUAAAGGAUUGUCGAAAGGUAUACCAAACAAGUGUCUGCCGCUGGACUUCAUGGGUAUGUACGCGCUGGCGGGCCGCGAGCCGGACCGCCGGGUGCGCGGGCUGGUGAGGCAGUACAUGCUGGCGGACGUGGUGAGACGCAGAGAGUACGUCAGGAACAUCACCGUCGGGACCAAGGUGGAGCGAGCUGUGAGUCAACUGCCUCACAUCCUGCCCGACUACAUGAUGGUGUUCGCGGUGCCGGUACUGGCCCACGACCCGGCCUUCACAGCACACGAUAAUGUACAGCAGCUUAAGGUGGUGAAGCAAUGCCUGUGGUUCAUACUGGAACCUCUCAUAACACGCAAUGACUUCUACUGCUACGGAUUCUACAAGAGCUUGGUGGAAAGGAUGAAGAGUCACAAGGACGCUCUCAACGAGACCGAUGACUCGGUUAACUAUAAACUGUGGGCCACGUGUGACCUGGCCAUGUCCGUGAUCUGGGCGCGGUCGAGUAGUUUCGAGUUGCGGGACUUCCCCUCCGACGCUCGCAUACCGACCAUGUACUUCGCCCCGCAACCUGACUUCUUCGUCAACACCAGGGUCUUCCUACCGCCAGAACUACAGUUCCAACCGAAACGCCAGGGUACAACGGAAACAAAUACAAAGGCAAAGAAACGUCCCAGACAAGACAAGGAUUCGGAGAAUACUAAUGAUGUAGAGCCCUCGGAGGCAUCGGAAACACAAAUAAUUCUACCGGGGAUCGAACAACCUCCGGAAACCGAGGUGGAUGAACCGCAAACAAAACGCGCCCUAAGCGACUGAAUUUUACGUACCGGGAUGUAUUCUAUAAUUGGCGACCUGUUAUUUAAUCUGUGUCUGUCAAUGUCAUCGUCUGUCAAUGUCAUAUAUCUGCUAAUGUCACUGUCAAUAUAGGUCUAUUAAAUUUAUAUAUAAAAAAAAAUCGCGUGUUCAAAUGAGUAUUCUAUUCAAUCGAUUUGUUACCUACUUUCACCUCUCAAUAUAGCUAUAACAAAUCAAGAUAUUCUUAUAGUGUUAAUAACUUUGAACGUUGUUUUGUACGGGAUCUGUGACGUCACAACCGGCCUGAAUAUAAGAAUACAUCCUGUACCUUCCAGUCAGAUGUUACGCUUAAUGAAGACUGGCUAUAGGACUCUAACUCGAAGACAAGACUCAUAUUCCUUGGAAGGAUAUAGAAAAUUUUUAUCAAUGGACUGGUCUAUACAUAAAUUUUAUAAAGAGACUACGGACGGAGUCUAAUGUAUAAAAAAUGUUUUUAAUACGUGCAUCAAAAUAAUACUGUGUUGUGAGACAUGCUCUCCGAUUGUUUCGAUUCGGUCCAAAACUGUUUAGAUUUUAUAAUAUCGGUGUUCGGACACGGAACCUGAUCCGGGUUGAAUAAUUUUAUUUCAUACAAAAAAAAAAAUGUGUUCCCUUUGAAGGGACUUUCCGUUAUCCGAGGGACUAACGACUAGAGAAUAUGUAAUGGAGGAGAACAGUGUAUAAUAGCGUUUGUUUGUAAGUUAAUGAUACAGUUUUUGCUCGUUGUUUUAGAUGUAAUUUUCUUUUGAUUUUUUUUUUUUUUUCGGUUGGUCGAUUUUUUCCCUUUCACCCCUAAGUUUCGGUCUCGCGCGCCCGAGUACACAUGAUAUGUAAACUAUACAGCGUAAUACAUUGAUUAUUGCUAUGGAAUUAUUAUUAUUAUUUUUUUUUUUUUUGGCCAAAUUUCCUCCGUUUACUGGACAGUAUGAUAAUUUUAUUUUGAAAUCAUGUGUAUUGUAUGCAAGACACAAUUGUUAUUGAAAUCAUCACGUGGCCGUUGGAACGUAAAUUGAAUAGGAGAAAGGAGUGGAACGAGCGUUUUUUUUUUGUAGCGUUUAUCCCGUUGGAAAAACGUCCGUGAAACGCCGCUGGGAAUGCGAGGAGGCUCUGACAGUGAUUACAUACACUAUUAAUAUAAUUAUGUAGUGAAAAAUAUGAAUCGGAGAAUUGUGUUUGUUUAUUAUAAAUGUAUGUGUAUUAUUUAAAGCAAUGGUUUUGGUCUGAUCAUGCUCUAACAAAGAGCUAUUACAAAGAUCGUAAACGUCAACUCUAUGGCAUAUUUACGUUUCGAUGUCCACGUUUUUAUCUAACUUAAUGUUUAAUUCUUUUUUUUUUAAAAUUGUUUUGUGUCUUAAUAAUUUUAAGUGUACCAAAAACUUGAGGCCCCGACGGCUCGCGUUACUCGCAGUGAUGAUUCUCUGUAGUUAUGUAUUAAAAUAAAUAAUAAAUUACAUUUAAUAA